UUUAACAUGACAAAUCUUCAGUCAGCUACUCCUUCAAUGUGAACUCCGUUUUUUUAAAGAAGUCUUGUGGACUCCGAAUGGUUUUUACACUGGAGCAGAGAGAGAAGAUUAGGUAAUAGAUCAGUGUGAGUCCACCAUUAAACGGAAGUUUUGUUUCCGUGGGCAUCAAGAAUAUGGAGGAGAAGAAGAAGACAAUCGGCGUCCAGGGUCUGUUGGUGGCAGCAGCGGUCCUUUGUUUGAGUUCUCUCGCCGUUUCGACAGAAGAAACAAAGCCGAAGCAGUUGCGGUUCAGGGAAAACGGGGAAUUCAAGAUAGUGCAGGUGGCGGACAUGCACUAUGCCGAUGGCAAGACCACACCCUGCAGGGACCUUCUUCCUUCUGAGUUGGCAAGUUGCUCCGACCUCAACACCACCGCCUUCAUCCAUCGGAUGAUCCUGGCUGAGAAGCCUGACCUCAUUGUUUUCACGGGGGAUAAUAUUUGCUCUGAUGCGACUGAUGCUGCAAGAUCUUUAGAAUAUGCAUUUUCCCCUGCCAUUUCUGCAAGCAUACCAUGGGCUGCCGUAUUGGGAAACCAUGACCAAGAGUCCACCUUGCCAAGAGAAGGGGUCAUGAAACAUAUAGCUAGCCUCAAUCACACUUUGUCUCAGGUCAAUCCUACCGGGGUUGAUGUCAUUGAUGGUUUUGGCAAUUACAACGUGGAGGUCCAAGGAGUUGAAGGCUCUGGGUUUGAAAACAAAUCAGUCCUCAAUCUUUACUUCCUCGAUAGUGGAGAUUAUUCGACAGUUCCUUCAAUUUCUGGUUACGGUUGGAUCAAACCCUCUCAGCAACUUUGGUUCCAACGCACGUCUAUGAAGCUUCAGAAAGCAUAUAUGAGUAAGCCAGAGGCUCAGGAAGCACCAGCGCCAGGGCUCGUUUACUUCCAUAUCCCACUGCCCGAGUAUGCAAGUGUCGAUUCAUCAAAUUAUACUGGUGUAAAUCAAGAUGGCAUUAGCUCUCCUUCUGUAAACUCGGGCUUCUUUACAACUAUGGUAGAAGCAGGUGAUGUUAAAGCUGUUUUCACGGGCCACGAUCACCUUAACGACUUUUGUGGCGAAUAUACUGGUAUACAGCUCUGUUAUGGUGGGGGUUUUGGAUACCAUGCCUAUGGGAAGGCUGGAUGGGCAAGGAGGGCAAGGGUGGUCCAAGCAACAUUAGAGAAAACAGACGAGGCAAGUUGGGGUCCUUUGAAGUCAAUUAAAACAUGGAAGCGCCUUGAUGAUCAAAACCUUACUGCCAUUGAUGUUCAAGUACUUUGGAACAACAGCACUACAGGAGCAGGUGGUACUUGAAGAGAAGAACUGUGGGAGGAGGAGAUCUACUUACUAUGCUGGAAUAAGACACUCUCUGUCACGCAUCAACUCUCCUAGGCUUUUGUUUGGAAGUCCCGUCUUUGUAUUGCAUAUUGUAUGAAUUUUGGAAUAAUGAUCGGUACCCUCUAUAGGUGGAAUGGGCAUGCCUGCUGCCUGUUCCACGCAGAACUCUAGCGUCUUAUUGAAGCUAUCAAAGCUCCUAUCGAAAAUAGGAUUGAAUA